CCAUUACAAUAGUAAUGGUAAAAUAGCACUAAAACAUUCAUUUUCCAUUCAUGUAAACAUUCAUUUCAUAUACUUAAUUGUUUCUGUGCAGCAUAUUUACUUGAGAGAAGGUUUCAAAACAUAAUUUGGCAUUUUACUGAUCGUAAUAAGAGUAGUUAACAAACAAGAGAUUAAAAUGUAUGUGAGCUUUUGCCUGCGCAUUGCAUCUUUGGCCUAAUUAUGAAGCCGUGGCUACAAACCUCAUACACACUUAUAACGACUAGAGGAGGGCACGCGCAUCCGUGCACGAGCGCCCAAUAAAAAGCGGGGUCGUACUGUCCAGCCCUCAGGUGCUGAAACCACGAGUCCUGUCGCUCUUUGCGGCAAACACAAACGAUAGAAUCCAACCAGUGUCUGUCCAGAAAUCUAUGUGUGAAGAGAAAUGUCUCAUCUUCGAAACUGACUUCAUGUUGUACCAUCGACCCUCUAAAGUUCAGCAGGACUAUAAACUUUUUCAGAUUCAUACGGCAGUGAUGGACGUGCGCUUUGGACAGGUGCCGCUCGGCGUGACGCACAGGCUCGGCGGAGUGAACCAGCUCGGCGGAGUCUUCAUUAACGGCCGCCCGCUGCCGCACCUGGUGAGGCAGCGCAUCGUGGAUCUGGCGCAACGCGGCGUGCGUCCCUGCGAGAUCUCCCGGCGCCUGCGGGUUAGUCACGGAUGCGUCAGUAAAAUACUGACCAGGUACAAUGAAACAGGAAGCAUCAGGCCAGGAGUGAUCGGAGGCUCCAAGCCCAAAGUGGCCACUCCCAGAGUUGUGCAAAUGAUCCUGAAUCUGAAGCACAGCAACCCCACCAUGUUCGCCUGGGAGAUCAGAGACCGGCUGCUCCUGGAGCAAGUGUGCGACUACGACAGUGUGCCCAGCAUCAGCUCCAUCAAUAGGAUCAUCAGAAACAACGUCCAGUCUGAGUCUUGUAAAGUUGCAGCCAAUCCUUCUGAGUCCACCUACUCCAUCAGUGGGAUUCUGGGAAUCACAAAGUGCACCAAACAUAAGGAAGACGGGGAGGUCUCCUGCCGCGCGCGACCCGACCAGCCGCGUCCCUGCAGCCAUGUCUGGGGACGACCUGACACCUGCUUGACCCCCAUCUCCAGCCUGACCCUUCACCCCGGCAGGCCGGCCGAUCACCACGUAGCUGCGCUCGGUCAUUACAACUGAACAAAUGUAAUGUUGCAAGGUGAUCAAAUAAAACUUAAAUGACAC